GCUGCGAUAGAUUAGUCAGGCCUCAGAAAGAUGGCGUCCUCGGAGCAGGCAGAGCACCCGAGCCAGCCCAGCUCUACUCCAGGAAGUGAAAAUGUGGUGCCUCGAGAGCCGCUGAUUGCCACAGCAGUGAAGUUUCUGCAGAAUUCUCGGGUCCGCCAGAGCCCACUUGCAACCAGGAGAGCAUUCCUUAAGAAGAAAGGGCUGACAGAUGAAGAGAUUGAUUUGGCUUUCCAGCAGUCGGGCACGGCUGCCGAUGAGCCUGCGUCCUUGGGCCCAGCCACACAGGUGGUUCCUGUCCAGCCCCCUCACCUCGUUUCGCAGCCAUACAGCCCUGCGGGCUCCCGGUGGAGAGAUUACAGCGCCUUGGCCAUCAUCAUGGCAGGGAUUGCUUUCGGCUUUCACCAGCUCUACAAGAAAUACCUGCUCCCCCUCAUCACGGGCGGCCGCGAGGACAGGAAGCAACUGGAGAGGAUGGAGGCGAGUCUCUCGGAGUUGAGUGGCAGCGUGGCACAGACAGUGACACAGUUACAGGUGACUCUCGCCUCCGUCCAGGAGCUGCUGAUUCAGCAGCAGCAGAAAGUCCAGGAGCUUGCCCACGAACUGGCUGCAGCCAAGGCCACUACGUCCACCAACUGGAUCCUGGAGUCCCAGAACAUCAAUGAACUCAAGUCGGAAAUUAACUCCUUGAAAGGGCUUCUUUUAAAUCGGAGGCAGUUCCCACCCUCCCCUUCGGCCCCGAAGAUCCCCUCCUGGCAGAUCCCGGUCAAGUCGCCAUCCCCCUCCAGCCCUGCUACCGUGAACCACCACAGCAGCAGUGACAUCUCGCCCGUCAGCAAUGAGUCCACGUCGUCCUCGCCCGUGAAGGAGGGCCACAGCCCCGAGGGCUCCACGGCCGCGUACCACCUGCUGGGCCCCCAGGAGGGGGGCGAGGGGGUGGUGGACGUCAAGGGCCAGGUGAGGAUGGAGGUGCAGGGUGAGGAAGAGAAGAGGGAGGACGAGGAGGACGAGGAGGAUGAGGACGUAAGCCGCGUGGACGAGGAGGACUGCCUGGGGGUGCAGAGGGAGGACCGCCGGGGAGGGGACGGGCAGAUCAACGAGCAGGUGGAGAAGCUGCGGCGGCCUGAGGGCGCCAGCAACGAGAGCGAGCGGGACUAGGUGCCGGGGGUCGCGGGCCAGGUGCGGACGUGGCCUCAAGCCUGGCAGGGGUGGUGUGAGGACCGAUGCCUGGCCCCCCAUGGGCUCACCUUUCCAUGCGCCCAGCCUGCCACCUCCUUGGCUCAACCCUAGACAGGCAGGCCUCCACCUUGUCCUUGUGUCAGGCCGAGGGCGCUGAACUCUGGGCUCAAGCCCCCCAGCCCCUCCCGAGCAGACGCUCUGUCCAGGGGUGUCUGCUGAGCGUCUUAGCCAGCCUAACACCGUGCAUGACAAGAGGUAGUUUUAUUACCUGACUUCUGACCCUCAGCAGAGGAGGAGCCGCGUGACCUGGCAUCUGCCGUCCCCUCCCUCUGCCUGCGGCUCCCUCACUGGUUCUCACCGGUGGCCAAGGGGCCUCCCUGUCAUGGUUCCAAAAGCAGGCGGCCCUGCGCGUCUCUCUAGGCGGGGGCCCCACAGCCAGCCCUGCCCGGAUGAUGCCGCAGCCCCAGCCCCACCGUGCCUGGUCGUGCUGCACCUCUGACUGUCCGCUUGCCGCAUCAUGGCCCAGCUACCGCCGUGGGGAGAUGGGGUUCCGCCCCCACGCAGGAGCCGAGCAUCAGGGCCUUCCUGUCUGUCCCCACCCUGUCCCCUAAACACGUGUUCCUGUGUGUGAUCAGGUAUAGGUUUCAGAGUCUAAGAUACGACUGUAUAUAAUUGUAAUAAAUACGAGUUGCCACUAUUUAAUUCCUGCCUGUGGCUCCCUGUCUGCUCACAGCUCCGUGUGCCUGGGAGAUGGAUCAUGGCCAAGGCCACGCCAGGUGGGCUCUAGGGAGGGGAUGUGGGGGCCAGGGCCAGGGCAGCCCUGUGGUGGGCCUGAUGGAGGGCAGCCCUGCCUCCCUUGUCCAGUCCCUCCCCCAAGGCAGGCGUUGAGGCAGGCGCUCACCCACAACUGGAGGGCUUUGUCCUCGGUCCCGAGCUUGUGCUGAAGGGCGACAUUCUGAUCUAGGAGGAGAAGGGACCUCACGUUACUGUAUAUAGACCUGGUGUGGAGUGUGAUGAGCUCUCCUUCCUUAAAUGGAUGCGUGUGCUCCCAGGAGAGAGUGUCUCGUUCCCUCUUCCUCCCCCAUCUCGUCUCCAUCUCACCCUCCCUGUCUCCCUUUAACCUUCACACAGCACUUAGCUAAACCCAGAAAAACAGCGCUCACCGCUCCUUCCAGGGAGCAUUCCGCUCCCUGGAGCCCCCGGUGCUGUGGCCGUGCGUGGGGACAGAGGGCCUGGUCACGUCCAGUGCCUUGUGUAGGCACAGAGGCUCUGGAAACAAAGUGCAGGGACAGCGGCCACGGAGGUGUUGCUGCAGCCCGGUAUGUACCCUCCAGGGAGGCCCGUGGCCUCCUGACCACGGCACCCGGCCUCCUGCCCGCCUGGCCCGGGGAGGGAGGACACCGCCAGCUGAGGGUGAGAGACUUGGCAUUGGGGCUGUCUUGUCUCAGAAAACAUUUCAUCUUCUGCCCAGACCCCCUUUUCAGGCUCCUGCAGCAAACUGACUCGCAGGCUGGGGGGCCCUCUGGAGGUGUCAGGUCAUGGCAACUGGCCUCUCCCUGACCCUCUGAGCAUCCAGCCUGGUUUCUCUGGUUUUGUCUUUGAUGCUUAUAACCUCACGUGACAUCCCGGCUCUCUGUUUUUCCGCCACGUGCUCCCUAGGGCCAGGCAGAGCCCACUUGAGUUACCUCUGCUCCUUGCCAUCCCUGUAGAAGCCAGGGUUCUCAGUCCCCAAGGGCUUCCAGCCCAGUCUGCCAAGGGGUCCCAGUGUCCGGGAGCCAGGUGGGCAGACCUGGGAUGGAUGAGCAGAGGGCUGGCGGCUCAGGUGGAAGCAUCCCUCGGCCUCAGGGGCUGGAGACAGGGUUUCCCACCCUCUGACCUCUGUGAGUGGAAACCUGGGCCCUGCAUGAGGUCCCCUCUUUACUUGGUGGCCAUUUCUCACGGUCUCUAAUUUUGCAGAGGCUGCUCCUACAAUGGGACCAGACGGGGGUGGGGGUGGCCAGAGGGCAGGUGGCCUGGGACAGAGACGCAGCCAGAGCUGCUGGGGUGGGGACAGCUGUCACCAUGGGGAGCGUUUUCUCCAACCUGGGGGGUCGGUAGUCUUGUGGGUUCCUGGACUCACUGCGGGGGGAAACGAUGGAAACCUGGGCCCCAGGGGCCUUUUGCCUUGUGGGUCCUGAGCACGGAUUUCGGCUUUUGAGGACAGAGAUUCUGGCGUGAUUUCAGGGAGGAAAAAAACCCCUCCCCAAAACGGCGUGAGUGCUGCCUAAUAAAGGCAGCUGCUGGACGGAGGGAAAACAGCCCUUUGAAAAAAAAAAGCCUUUCAUUAGAAAAAUAAUGCAUUUCAUCCAAAUAAGGUAAAAAUAUUUGGAAUGGGGCAGAAGUGAGCAGCAGGCAGCGCCUGUCAGGCCCUUUCUGGAAGGGAGAAGAUUAUUAAACUCAAUUACCAAGUAUUUUUGUGAAGUGUCUUUUAAGAAAGAACUUGCCCCAGUGCUCAGAGGCUGCAGGAUGGGCCCUCUGGCCCCUGAGGUCCCCCCAGCUGCCCUGGGUUGCUUGUGGGCUCUGUCUUGGACAGGGCCCUGCCUAGGGCAGCCCCAGCUCCCUGCUCUUUGCGACGCCCCCAGAGCGGGUGAGGCAGCUACUCCCUCUGCCUGCUGAUCGGCCCCCUUCCGCGAGGGCCAGGCAUCGGUGUCCUGGGACACCCCAGCGGGGAAGGGAGCGUCUGGGUGAGGGAAAAAGGAUGCUGAGUUUGUAAAUGUUUUCUUUUUUUCGUAUUGUGGAAAUACAUAUCUGAUGUUUAAAAACCCAAUCGAUAUGGAAAGGAAUAGAGAGUCCAGAACCCCCCUGCCUCCUCUCCGCUUGGUUUCACGGUGUGGUACGUAGUCUCUCUCUCUCCCUCUUUUUAAAAUAAAGAUGGGAAGUUCCUUUUCGGUGUUGUGUGA